ACCAUUCUAUGGCCAAGUCAUCAUGGGUUUUGUCCAUCCUGUUUCUGCUCGUACUUUCUGUUCCACUGGCUGGCCCUGUACCAACCCAGCACCUCUGUGGCUCCCAUCUUGUGGACGCUCUUUAUUUCGUAUGUGGAGAGAGGGGCUUUUUCCACAAUCCAAAACGACUUCACAAGAGGGAACUGGAACACUUGCUCAGGUUCCUGUCUAAAAAGGCCAGACAAGAACAGCAGCUGUGGAGGAAAUUAUCUGGAGGCAAUGAUUCCAAGGUGAAGAGAGGCAUCGUGGAGCAAUGCUGUCAUAAGCCAUGCAGCAUUUACCACCUGGAAGGCUACUGCGACUGACCCGCUGACUCCUCAUACAGAUAGAACCCCUUGUGGAAAAAAGGUCCUGACGUCCAUGUUAGGUGAUGUACUGGCUGUGUUUGAACGACAGGAAAUAAAGCUUCAUGACCCAUAACCCGAGGCUCCUCUUUGCCAAGAUGUGA